AUGGUGGCAUGCUUUCUUGGUGUUUUGAAACUGGGCGCCUUGUACGUGCCUAUUGACACGGAAUCAUGGAGUCCAGAGCGUAUCAAAUGGACGCUGCAGAGGGUUUCCGCCGGUGUUAUUCUGAACACAACCGCGAAUGAAUAUCCGCUUCACGACGAGAUUUCGUAUCGAGACAUCGAAGCCUCGUUCUCACCAUCAUUGACGCAGGAUGGGAUCGUGGCACCCGAGAAAUCAUUCCGGCCUUGGGACGACAUUCAACCAGAUGACGACCUUGCCUACAUUAUCUUUACCUCAGGGACUACCUCGACCCCCAAGGGUGUCAUGGUAUCGCAUGGUGCUUUGCUUAAUUACACUCAACAGGGUGGAAGCGAAACUCCCUUCAACUUCAACGCCACCCCAGAAGACCAAGUCGUUCUCAUAUUCUCACCCGCCUUCGAUGCAUGCACUGGAGUUAUUUUUGCUACGCUCUGCAAUGGAGCCGAGCUGAGAGUGGCCACAGUUACCGACUUUCUGCAUAGUGUGACGCUGUGCAACAUAGUCAUGUGCACACCUUCAGUGAUGAGCACUAUUCAAGAUCCAUUGACAUGCUCGAAGCUCAGAAUGAUCGUUCUUGGUGGAGAGGCACCUCCUUUAUCCCUGGUUCGAAAGUGGCAGAAGGCCUUGCCGGACUGCGAAAUAUGGAAUUUCUACGGGCCUACAGAAACUACCUGCGCCUCGCUCGCGGGCCGGCUGCGCUCAAACGAGCCGGUCCACCUCGGACGCCCUAUGGUGAACAGUCGAGUGUUACUUAUCGAUGGGGACAAGGAAGCGGACUACGGCGAAAUAUACAUCAGCGGGCCCGGACUUGCCAAGGGAUACUUUGGCAAUGAGGCACUGACCGCUGAGAAAUUCGUGUACUGGCGGGGCGAGAGAAUGUAUCGAACAGGAGACUUUGCCCGGCUCACACCUCUGGGUUUCGAGUUCGUGGGCCGCAAAGACAGCUUGGUUAAGAACCGGGGAUUCCUGGUCAACCUCGAGUCCCAGGUGAUUCCACUUCUCAGCGACGAUGAGCAUGUCGCGUCCGCCACAGCCUUCAUGUACCAGGGACGACUGCUUGGAUUCGUUAGCCCAUCUAAUGUCGACACAAAAGCCCUCAGACGAAGUCUAGCAGCGAAGCAUGACGCCUUUGCAGUGCCAGACUUGAUACGAGCUAUUGAGGCCCUCCCACUGACCCCGAAUGGCAAGAUCGAUAAUCGGGCGCUGCAGCGGAAUUUGGAGUCUGAACUGGCUGCCAUGGUAGAUGCGGACUCGCCUGAUAUGACUGACGGCAAGGAGACCAGCAUGCUUGAUGUUCUCAAGGCAGCUCUGUCUACGAGUCUGGCACUACCGCUGUCGGUGGUACCUUCUGAUCAGUCAUUCCAAGAGCUUGGUGGCAAUUCCCUUGUUGCUCUUCAAGUGCAGUCGUUUCUAAGGAAACGAGGCUUUGAGGUCCGGAUCAUUGAUCUAUUCACCCAGCCAAGCUUGUCUUCCGUCUGCGACUGCGUCGAAAAAGCCACGGCAGAUCCUUCAGAGAGCCCAGGGCUUCAGGGCAAUGACGCACAGGGACCGGCAGCCGCCGGCCCUGCAACGACAACGCAGAUGAAGAUGAUCCAAGCUGGGAUGAAGAGACCCGAGACAAGCUACAUGUUGAUGAAUUUCACUUUUCCACAUCCCAACACCGCAGUUCCCGCCGAGAUGAUUCGAAACGCCCUGUCUUUGGUCUUGAAGAGGCAUUCUGCGUUUAGAACAGCUUUCGAUUUGAAGAACGGACUUCAGCACAUCCAGGAAGAACUCAACUUGAACUGGAACGAUGAGGUGUCAACUGAAGAUCAACUUCAGAGCGCCGUGGACUGCCGUUCCGAGGCACUGCGUCAAGCCAUUUCUGUCCCCAACCAAUCCGAGAUAUAUACUCCUAUCACAGCGUGUCACUUCAUCACCAUUCCACAAAGCCGAUCGACUCUGUUGAUGCUCCUUCAUCACAGUCUGAUAGAUGGCUGGUCCCUCAGCAUCAUUCUCAACGAGUUCCGGUCGGCAUUGGAUAGAAGACCGCUUCCUGCUCCGCCGCAGUAUUUGAAUGCGGCACUGGCCCAAAAGGUUCUUGCGAAUGAUUUUCAGGGGAAGAGGUUCUGGAGUGAACUUUUGGAGCGUGGGCUGAACCAGCCACCACUCACUCUCUUGCCUCCUCCCGCUGCCUGCAGCAGGCAAGCGACUGUCUGGAGUGAAAGCAUGCAACUCGGACUAAACUUAGAUCGCACGACAUUGGACACCAAGGCAAAGAUCCGAGGGGUGACUCCAGCCUCAAUAUUCUACGCGGCAUGGGCUUUGGUCCUCUCGCAUCAUACUUUCACCGACGAUGUUUCCUUCGGCGUGGUGCUGUCUGGAAGAAAUAUAGCCUUACCAGGGGUUGAACAGGUAGUCGGCCCCAUGUUGAACACAUGCCCAUUCCCACUCGAUCUUGGGUCAGGAUCGACUAUCGGCGGUCUCUUGUCAACGACACAGACGCGUCUUCUAAACAUCAUGGAGCAUCAAUGGUCUGUGGAUGAAGCGAUGACGCAGCUCCCACCUGGAAGCAUUGCCAACACCUUCCAGUCCAUCGUCGUCAUAGAGUACGAUUUACCGCCGAUUUCAGAGGCCUGCGAAGUGCUGUCUGAACCGUGGAAGAUUGAACGAAAAGACUGCAUGGAAUUUGGCAUUUCCGUGCUCAUUGAAGAAGAGGAAGACGACAAAAACGCUCUCCGGGUUCGCAUCUUGUUCGAUGGCUCUCAUUACGCAACACGUAGUAUAAAAGCCCUCUUGACACAGUUCCGGGACGCACUGCAAUCUCUUCUCAAUGAGCGAAAUAGUUGCAUCCAGCAGGUUCGUGAGAGCAUGAUCAAAGAAGAAGCGAACAAAAGUCUAGUCCGAGCGACAGGAUGUGAUGCUCUCUCUUAUCCAAAAUUCGCCACGGUCAAAGACGCGUUCGAGGCAGCGGCCGCUCAAUGGCCAGACUUGAUGGCCGUGGAGUCAGCCAAUGGUUCAAUGUCUUACCAGGAACUUGAUAGUGCUGCGAACCGCAUCGCUCAUCACCUCAGAUCCAUCAUCGGUAGCAGUCCUGGCUCAAACAGCAGCCAGAACGUCGUCGCCGUCCUAACGGACGGUUCAAUUCACUGGAUUGUCUGUCUUCUGGCCGUUCUCAAAGCAGGCUGUGUCUGUUGUCCCAUCGACGUACAUCUCCCUGCUGCGCGCAUCGACACAAUCAUGGAAGAAAGUGGCGCGUCUGUCUCGCUGGCGGCAAAUAGUUAUUGCGCUUUAUUUGCUCGCCAUCGUGAAGUUGAGGUCAUGGUGUGCGAUGACCUGCUGUCUACUUCUUCAUAUCCGUAUGGGGGCCUCGAAACGACCUCAAGCACCAAGGAUGUCAUUUACCUCGUUUUCACGUCGGGCAGCACCGGGGUACCUAAAGGAGUUGCACUGCACAAUCACAGCCUUUUGCUUGUCAUUGACCACGAGCCCGCUCGAUUGUUUACGAAGCCUGGUCGCCGAAACAGCCAGGUGUACGCAGUUGCUCUCGUGCCGGAGGACUUUCCGAAUCUCGACACCGUCGUUCUGGCUGGAGAACCAGUGCCUCAGAGCCUUUCGGACGCGUGGUCUCAUAAGCGCCUUUACAAUGGCUAUGGGCCUAGUGAGUGCGGUCCUUUGUCUAUGAUGGCUCACCUUCAACCUGAAGAGCCUGUGACCAUAGGUCAGGCUAUGCCGAGCCUCAACGUCUAUCUUCUAGACCACCACCAGUGUCCGGUGCCUCCAGGCGUCACUGGCGAAAUAUAUCUGUCAGGCGAGCAGAUGAUCCAACGAUACUGGAAUUCGCCUCAGCAGACCCAGAAAUCAUUUCUCUCAAACCCCUUCUUGCCCGGGACCACGAUGUACAAAACAGGAGACCUCGGCCGGUGGACUAGUAACGGAGACCUGGCUUAUGUUGGCCGAAUCGACAAUCAAGUCAAGGUUCGGGGGUUCCGCAUAGAGCUUGAAGAGGUGGAGCGCGCCCUCGUGCGAGCUGAUCCCACCGUCCAGCGCGCUGCUGCCAUAGUUGUCGACUCUGUCCGAAUUGCGGCCUUUGUGACCCCAAGCAGCGUUGAUACUUCAACGGUCUCGUUCCGGCUCAGAAAUCUUCUGCCAGCAUAUACUCGACCUGCCCAGAUCAUAGCCUUGGAGGAGCUACCACAAUCUGCAAAUUUGAAAAUUGACCGCAAUGCCCUACAGAAUCUGGCAUCUCGGUACGCUGACCAGGGAGAUCUCCCAUCGUCUUCUACCGAGAAAAUGAUCGCACAAGUCUGGCGCAAGGUUUUGAACACCAAGGACGACUACCACAUCAAACGAGAGGACGACUUCCUCGGAAUUGGCGCGAUUGAUGAUCAUACUUUGCAGGAGAAGAAAAGGUACCAAAGCAACACAUUCAUGUCCUAUCUUGCCAACUCGAGUUCUCCGACGGACCUGACGGCCUCGCAUCCUCUUUCGCAGAUGGAAGAGGAAUUCUAUACCUGGCACGUGCAAUCACACCACAAGUCGCUCCUCAAUACUGCCUUUCAGUUCGAGAUGGAAGGCUCCGUUGACGUCUCUGUACUAAAACAGUCUUUUAACUCCGUCGUGGCUGAAAAUUCAAUCCUUCGAGCCCGCUACGUCUCGGAGGGAAACUCGGUUGUGCGUCGCGUUGCCGAGCAUGUUGUUCCACCGCUCAUGUUCACCAAGGACGAACUGAACUGGGGCGAAUUGCAAAAUCUGGUGGACAGGCCCUUUGACUUGUCACGAGAUCAGCUGUUCCGCGUCAUUAUUUGGGAGAGAGCUGCUGGCUCCAUCACGCUGGUGCUCAUCACGCAUCACAUCAUCACGGACAAGGCGUCUCUGGCUCUCCUUCUUCAGUCAGUGAGCAGAAACUACAUGGAAGCACUGAGUACGGGAAGUGGGCAUUCCGCUACCCGCUCUUCUCCAGUCGGCAGCUACAUUGAAUGGGCACAAUGGCUACGACAGGACCAGCAAUCACCCUCCACGUCAACGCACCGCGAGAAGCAGCAGUUUUGGAAGCAUCGCCUGCAGGGUCCGUGGUCUAGGCUACCUCUUAUGGCGAAGCACUCCAUCGGCUCUGAGCGGAGCAGUCACUGGGCUAUCCUGACACCACACUGUGGAGGCGUAAAGGCCUCCCAGAGAAUAGCGAUGGCUAGCACCGCCCUGGCCAUGAAAGCAGUCUAUGGUAUGGACGACAUGGUCUUGGGACUUCCGUACAUGAACCGCGACGAACCCGGUGCCGCCGACCUCAUGGGGUUAUUCCUCGACAGACUACCAAUCAGAUUGACCCUGGACGGGGAUAAGACGUCUAGUGCUACCAAGUGGCUGGACUACACUGCCUCAGAAAUCCAUCUCGCGCUGGAAAACCAGCUUGCAUAUUACCAAAUCUUAGAUGCCGCGGGUAGCCGCACGUCCGUCUUCGACGUCAUGGUCAUUUACCACUGGCAAAGCGAUGCAUUGGAGCACUCACUCGAGCUUCCGGGCACUAAUGUGUCUGGUACGCCGAUUCGGGCCAAGGGCGCCAAGUUCCCCCUUCAGCUGGAGUUUACGGAGCAGGAAGAUGGUGGGCUGCGUCUUGAUGUGGAGUACGACGGGGCCGUCAUCCUGCCUGCAGACUUUGCCGCUCUCACAUCCUUCCUUCCUCUUGCUAUCGAAGCGCUGAUGCGAGGGCUACCACCGACUGAGAUCUUGUCCAAGUUUGAGACGCAGAGAAUUAACUCAAGACUGGCAAGCGUAGACGGUUUAUCUUUUGCUCCAGGAAAAGAAGCCGUGGUGACUGAUGUCAGGCAUUCCUUCCCCGGUCGUAUCUCAGCGUGGGGUUAG